ACUGAAGUCGGAAGUCGAAGAUUUGCGAAUUCUGAGUUUCCCGAGCUCCCAGUUGUUUUGAACGCGGCAUUAGCUUAUACUUAAAAUAGGCCUACCUAUCCAUGCGUUGUAAGAUCUGAAAUGCGUCAGCAACACCUGGGCAGAGGAACGCGCACAGUGUGUUCUCACACUGCACUCUCAGCACAGUGAACCACAUGGUUGCGUGGGUGGGGCUGAAAAGAAAUCAGCGUUUUUGUUGACACGAGAUGAGCCGCAUUUCUUAUGUCAGUUGGAUGCGGACGUUGUUCCUACAUAAAAGUUAAAUUGAUCAGGUCAUGCGCUUACCGCUUAGUGGAGUAGGUUAAUACUUUUUUUUAUGGAUUACAAAGCUAAAUUAACCUGUGGUGACAGAGACAAUGUCUCGUCCGGGAAUCUCUAUAUGUCCGCGGCAAUGUUCUCGGCGGGAGUUCUGGGCAAUUUAAUCGCCUUGGUCCUUUUGGAGAUGCGACGCCGGAGGCAAAGUCCAUCCCUUUUCCAGGUGCUGGUGACCGCGCUGGUUAUUACGGACCUACUGGGUACCUUCUCCGUCAGUCCUCUCGUACUAGCCUCCUAUACACAAAACAGGACCUUGAUGGGUAUGGGUGAAAACGGAACAGUAUGCGAUUAUUUUGGGUUCAGCAUGACAUUUUUCAGCCUCGCCACUUUGGCUAUUCUGUGCGCCAUGGCUUUGGAGCGCUACCUCUCCUUUGGACACCCGUAUUUUUACGAACGGCACUUGAGAAAACGCUGCGGAUACAUCACAAUUACACUCAUCUACCUGAUCUGCAUCCUUUUCUGCCUAGCACCUUUCGUGGGCUUUGGAAAAUACGUUCAAUAUUGCCCGGGGACUUGGUGUUUCUUUGACAUGGUCCCAUUAGAAACCAAACCAAAAGUACACGUCGGUGUGUAUGCGUCAUUGACUCUCAUCAUGAUUUCUACCACAGUGGUCUGUAACUUAUCUGUCGUCUACCACUUAAUUCUGAUGUAUAGGAGGUGCAAAGCGCGUGUUUUAACGCGACGGAUACGGGUUUACAAAAGAUCCCUCUCUAUGACGGAGGAAGUGGAGCAUCUUCUGCUUUUGGUGUUCAUAACGGUGACCUUUGUCAUCUGUUCGUUUCCUUUAGUGCUCCGUGUGUUCAUCAACUUCAUGGGCAGGUCAAAUGAGAGCUAUGGCACUGAUCUCGCUGCUCUCCGCAUGCUGUCCUUCAACUCCAUCAUCGACCCCUGGCUCUUCAUCAUCCUCAGCCCCUCGGUGCUGCGCUUCCUCUGGAGGAAGCUGACACUGUGUAAGCCCCAGAGGCCCCCUGAGGCCCCCACAUUCCCACGGGAAAAGGCUUUCCCCGUUGGGCCAAAACUCUCACCGCCAAACCCACCCAUGGAGCUCCAAAACGAGGAAGUGCAGAGAGUGGACAAGACAUAAUUUCAUGCAUGUGGAACCAGGGGCCAAUGACCCACUCUAGAAGGAUUACAGUAACGGGAUCAUUUGAUAUCAGCAGGAGCCUAAGUGACACAGGAAGUGAUUUUACAGACUAGACAUCCACUGGUUGAAGGGACCCCCUUACACAGUGUGUACUUGCAAAUAAACAUUUAGUGAGGUGCAGCAUUUUCACUUGUUGACCUCCUGACAGGAGGUUGGAAUAGAUUGAGGAAGAUAUCAGAGAUGGGGAAGGUUGCGGUGCUGACAUGUUAUACCCACACAAUAUGGAUUUGGGAUUUGGAACAGGACUUAGCAUUUUGAUGUGUCUACUUAUUUCAUUGCUUCAUUAUAUUUAUAUACAAACUUUAUGAUCAGAAAUGUAUAGGACUGAAAUGUUCAUUUGACCGAACUCCUCCUGGACGAAUGGGUCCAGUAUUUACUAUAUUAAAAAAGGUCAAUAAACAUGAUCUAAUCUUAAACCAUUUUAUGAUUGGAAAACCAAAUAUAAUGUCCUUGUAUUAUAUUGAAUGUUUACAUUAAAUGUUUCAGUAUCAGAACCCAAACCCAGCUGUCGUCGGAGCCCGUAUUCAUAUGAUGUCUCACAGCAAAGGAGGAUUUAGAUCAGAAUGAAUAAGAUUACAUGGACAAGACGGCCAGGUCACCUACAUGGGACUCCAAAAAAGCCGACAGACCAACUGUUAAGGCUGAAAGCUAUACAGUCCCAAUCCUGAGAAGGUAAACAUAGCUGCCUGUUCAGCACGGUACAACAUGUUUAGACAUUUGGUGACCACUGUGCCGUUCUUAACAUUUAUUGGAAUUUUUAAUCUGUACCUUUGCAAUAAGCCACUCCUCAACAGAUAUUCAAUCCUUGAUUUAGUUGUAAUGUGUGACGAUAAGAUGGGUUUCAGCUUGAAGUACUUACUCAUACCAGUAACUUUCCAUUCGAAGCAAAGGCGUUGGCUUGUCUUAUUCAUAAUGCACACAGAACAGACCGGUUUUGACUUGUGUGUCCUCAUCUGUGUGCUGUGUACAGUAUGUCAUCCUAACUACUGCUGCGACUAUACGGCCACUCAAGUGUUCCUGUAUUUCUCUUUUCAUUUCCUGACAUGGCUUUUUUUAGAAAAUGAUUCAUGUUAUUUUCUUCAAAAGUGGUACCUACCCUUCCGUGGUUCUAUUCAUUUUCAGUCAGUCUGAAGCCAUGCAUCUAUGUUGAUCGUUAAUUAAGUAAAAGGCCAGCAGGGCUUCCAUUGGCAGUGAUCUGGUUGAGUAACUGUUUAAGACUGAAAUAGCUAUGUUGUUUAUUAAACAGAAGUGUCAUUGCCCUUAAGGCAGGAAGUCAGGGGGAGACGGUGUGUGCAUCCUAAAAUGCAUCCUAAUCCCUUUAUAGUGCACUACUUUUGACCAGGGCCCAUAGGGGAAUAUGUAGUAAAUCGGGUGCCGUUUGGAAUGCAUCACACUGGAUUCAAAUUAGUUUGAUCAGAUGCACUCAAUGCGUUUCCCAUAAACCACUGCUUCUGUAUUUACUUUAUGCUCCAUUCCCAUCAUUGAUGGUAUGUCCCAUGUCCUUCAGAUAAGAUCUCCACUCGUAUAAAAGUGUUUUUACUGUUGGAC